AUGAGGACGAACGCACACAGAGGGAGUUCAGAGUUGGAAGAUGGCAAUCCAUGGAUGUUGCCAUCACAGGUCUGCUACUGUGGGAAGGUUGCAAAAAUUCAGACUUCGUGGACCUCUUCACAUCCAGGACGAAGAUUUUAUGUUUGUGCACAGAAACGUUGUCAAAUGUGGGAGUGGGGUGACCCUGUUAUGUGCAAUAGAUCUAAGCAAAUAAUUCCAGGACUGCUGAGGAGAAUUAACAGUUUGGAAGCAGAAAAAAAGAAAGGGAAUUCGAAGCUGAAAAACCCAUGGUUUUGGGUGUCAUUGUGCAUGUUUGGGGUUAUUUUGUGCUUGAUUUUGAAUGAAGAUAAAGGCACAAAUGGGCAGCUGUAGAAAUGGAUGGGUAGUUGGCAUUUUGUAAGGGCUAGAAAGGGAUGAGUGCUUGGCAUUAUGUAAUGGUUAGAAAGAUGGGUAAUUGGCAAUUUGUAAUGGUGAGAAAGAGAUGGGUGAUUGACUUUUUGUAAGGGUAAGAAAGGGUGUGUAAUUGACAAUGUAAGAACUGUUUUGGUGAAUGAAAA